AUGUUCUUCUGUGGAGUGUCGCCGCGCAGCGCCGCGCUGGUGCUGAUCUGCACAUCGGUACCCUGUGGCCUGCUCGUGAUCGGUUGGGCCAUCUACACCGUCUUCUUCGCCCUGGUCGGUGGAGGCGGCGCGGGCUCCAUGCUGAGCGGGCUGAUGGGCUGGAUGGGCGUCAUGAGCCUCGUGGAGGCGCGGCGGAUCUGGCAGCUGCGCAAGGCCCGCCAGCUGCACACGCACCCGCUCUUCGAGGUCGCGCGGUCCUGGCAGCGCUCCGACCGAGACCAGUUCGGGCGCGUCCACAGGAUCAACAACAGCGACUUCGACGACGAGCAGGUCCUCACGCGCGGCUGCGCCGCCAG